GUUCAAGUUCAAAAUGAUGGUGAAAGAGCAACCGCAGAGCAGAAGAGGAUUGUUGUCGAUAAUCUGUUCCGUUUAUGAUCCCUUGGGGUUUCUUGCACCAGUGACACUGUCAGCAAAGGUUAUGCUGCAAGAGCUCUGUCGGAGACGUUGUGGAUGGGACGACAACAUACCUGCAGACAUUAGCCAUCAGUGGACAGGAUGGUUGGAGGAUCUGAAAGGGUUGUCUUCAUUCAAAGUUGAGAGAUGUAUCAAGCCCAAGCACUUUGGACAGGCCAUUAAAGCGCAGCUGCAUAACUUUUCAGACGCCAGUGAAGAUGGUUUUGGCACUGUCACCUACCUCAGAAUCGAAAACAGCAAGAGCGAGGUCCAUGUCUUCUUCUUGUUGGGAAAAGCGAGAGUUACCCCCCUGAAACAGAUAACUAUUCCUCGUCUGGAGCUUACAGCUGCUGUCCUAGCUGUUCGAGUUGAUCAGAUGUUGAGAGCAGAAUUGGAGCUGCCAUUGGAUCAGUCAACUUUCUGGACGGACAGUACUUCAGUGCUUAAGUACAUAAAAAAUGAGGACAGACGUUUCCACACAUUUGUGGCGAAUCGGGUGUCAACCAUCAGAGAUUCAACUCAUGUCUCUCAGUGGAGGUACAUCAAUACCAAAGACAACCCUGCUGAUUAUGCCUCUGGAGGUAUGAAGGUUGGAGAUCUGCUGAAUGGUGGGAGCUGGAUCGAAGGCCCAAGGUUUCUCUUCGACCCAGAAAAGGAUUGGCCUGCAGACAUCACAGAGGCCACACUUUCAGUUGAUGAUGUAGAGGUCAAAAGGGAUGCCACGGUAAACACAGUCAUCACUCAGAACUCUUCUAAUGCUACAGACCAGCUUCUAUCAUACUUUUCAGAUUGGAGGAAACUUAAGGUGGCAGUUGCAUGGUUUCUCAAAUGGAAGAGGAUCCUUCUGCAAUUGAGUCAAAAGAGAAAGGAAUUGCAUGCUCUUGAGUUCAACAGAAAGGAUGCAGAUGGGUCACAUGUGUCACUGGAGAUGGAGAGGGCUAAAAAAGCAAUGUGUCAAAUCUUGUCAGCUGAGAAUCUUUUGGAUGCUGAAGUUUCCAUCAUUCGCUAUUGUCAGCAGAAAAGGUUCAAGGUGGAGAUUGCUGCCCUAUCAGCUGGAAAAUCCGUGCCAAGAGACAGUUCUAUUUACAAACUGGACCCAUGUCUCGAGGAUGGACUUGUAAGAGUUGGAGGCCGUUUGAGUAAGGCAGCUCUACCAGAAGAGACAAAGCAUCCACUCAUCUUGUCAAAAGAUCAACACAUCUCCACACUCAUAUUAAGACACAUACACCAACAAGUUGGCCAUGGUGGAAGAAAUCACACCUUGUCAAGAUUACGAAAGAAGUUCUGGAUAACAAGUGCCACUUCAGCUGUGAGAAAAAUCAUAUCACAGUGCAGCUUCUGCAGACGAUACAAAGGGAAGUUGGGUGAGCAAAAGAUGGCGGACUUACCGAAGGAAAGGCUCCUUCCUGAUCUCCCUCCCUUCACGAAUGUGGGAGUAGAUUACUUUGGGCCUUUGGAGGUGAAGAGAGGUCGAGGUUUGUGUAAGCGUUAUGGUGUCAUCUUUACCUGUUUGGCCAGCAGAGCUGUUCAUUUGGAAGUAGCUCCAUCCUUGGAUACUGACGCAUGUAUUAAUGCCUUACGAAGGUUCAUCAGCCGAAGAGGACAAGUGUCAUCUAUGCGCUCAGAUAAUGGUACGAACUUUGUUGGAGCCAAGAAAGAGCUGAGAGAAGCACUUGCAUCUUUAAAUCAUGGCCAGAUACAGAGAGACUUAUUGCAAGAUGGGAUCCAGUGGAACUUUAAUCCACCUGCAGCAUCACAUCAUGGUGGUGUUUGGGAGCGUGUCAUUCGUAUG